AUGGUCAAAAUCGCACUUAUUGGCGCCGCGGGCCAGAUCGGCACCCCUCUCAGCCUGCUCUGCAAAACUAGCGAUAUUUUUGAUGAGAUAUCGCUGUACGAUAUUGUGCAUGUUCCAGGCAUUGCGACUGACCUUAUGCACAUCGACACCAGAGCCAAGGUCAGCGGCUAUCUUCCAGACGACGGAGGUCUCAGAAAGGCUCUUACUGGCGCAAACAUUGUUGUUGUGACUGCUGGCAUUGCUCGAAAGCCCGGUAUGACAAGAGAUGAUCUUUUCAAGACCAACGCUGGGAUCAUUCGUGACAUCUUUGCUCAAGUCGCCGAGACUUGCCCUGAUGCCAUUGCUUGCGUGGUUACCAACCCGGUAAACUCGACAGUUCCCGUCGCAGCUGAAACUCUGAGGAAGGCGGGUGUUUUUGAACCAACUCGUCUCUUUGGCGUUACGACCCUAGAUGUUGUGCGAGCUUCCACGUUUGCUGCACACGCUCUCGGAGGAAAAGCCGAUCCAAAGCAUUAUAAGGUACCGGUAGUUGGUGGCCACAGCGGAGCCACCAUUCUCCCCCUUUAUAGCCAAGCCGAGCCUGCUAUUGAUCUGAGCGAUGAGCAAUUAGCACCGGUCAUCAACCGUGUGCAAUUUGGAGGCGAUGAGAUCGUGAAGAGUAAAAAGGGAGCUGGUAGUGCCACUACUUGCAUGGCAUACGCUGGAUUCCGCUUUGUCAAGGCUCUUGUGGCCGCCCAAAAUGGCCAAUCUGUGUCGGAAGAGGCAUAUGUGUAUUUGCCUGGCGUUCCCGGGGGUCAAGAAAUUGCUGCACAGCUCGGUGUGGACUACUUUGCAGUCAAAGUUGAGAUCGGCAAGAACGGUGCUUCCAAAGCUCUUCCUAUCGGUAACCUGUCUGUGAGUGAAGAGAAGCUGCUUGAGGUCGCUUUGAGUGAUCUGAAGACGAAUAUCUCCACGGGUGUCUCAUUCAUGCGCGCUUGA